AAUGAAAUAAAUGAGACGAUGGAUACAGUCAGACCCAAAUCAGCUCUGAACAGCAAGAGCAAGCUAGCGCGGACUUUUCAGAAGGUAAUCAACCUCCGAACAGCCACGAGAAUCGCCUCCAACAAUGGCAUUUGCAUACUCGCUUCCCAAGCUAAAGUCAAGGAAGACGAUUCUGAUAAGCUCAAGCAUUUCGACCACAAGAACGACGAACUCAAAGGCCGGAACAGAGCUGUACUUGAAGCUGUGGUCGCCAAGCUAUUUGCUGGAGUUACUGCCAUCAAAGCUGCUUAUGCAGAGCUCCAAAUGGCGCAGAAUCCUUAUAACGGCGAAGCCAUUCAGGUCGCUGACCAGUCCGUGGUCGAUGAGCUGAAAGCGAUCUCGGAAUUGAAAAGAAGUUUCUUGAAGAAAGAAUUGGAUCUUUCCCCACAAGUGACUCUGAUGCUGGCGGAGAUUCAGGAGCAACAGAGCUUGAUGAAGACGUACGAAAUCACCAUCAAGAAGCUCGAGGCCGAGGUCGAUCACAAGGAUUCGGACAUCUCUUCGCUCAAGAAACAGCUCGAUGAUUCCAUUUCGUUCAAUAAAUCGAUGGAGAAGAAACUAAACGAAAGUGGGCCUCUGCCCAUGUUGGACAAUCUUCGGCUUUCGAUGCUCAGCCCAACCCAUUUCGUUCAGUUCCUGCAGCACACUUUGAGAUCCAUCAGGAGCUUCGUGAAAUUGAUGAUCCGCGAAAUGGAAUCGGCUCGUUGGGAUCUUGAUUCCGCCAUCCAGUUCAUCGAGCCCGACGCCGUGUUUGCUAAGCCCAGUCAUCGGUCCUACGCUUUCGAGUCGUUCGUGUCGAAGACAAUGUUCGAAGGCUUCAACCAUCCGAGCUUCACGCUUUCUGACGAUCAACAGAAGCAAAACCACAACGUCGAUAACCGACUCUUCUUCGACAAGUUCAAGAAGCUGAGAUCGGUGAGUCCGAAACAAUACCUAACUCAGAAUCCCAACUCGUCCGUGGGCAAAUUCACGAAGAACAAGUACCUCCACCUGGUGCACGCGAAGAUGGAAUGCUCUAUUUUCGGCAAUUUGAACGUGAGGAAGGUGGUGAGCUCUGGUACCGGCUAUCCGGAAACUCCAUUCUUCACAGCGUUCGCUGAGAUGUCGAAGCGCGUUUGGCUCCUUCACUGCUUGGCGUUCUCGUUCGGCGAAGAGGUCACCAUUUUUCAGGUGAGGAAAGACUGCAGGUUUUCAGAGGUUUACAUGGAGUGUGUGAGCCAAGAAGCAACGCUCUUCUCUUCCGGUGAGCUCAACGAUGCCAACGCCGAUAUCGAGCUUCGCGUAGGUUUUACGGUCGUCCCGGGCUUCAAAAUCGGAAAGACAGUGAUUCAGAGCCAGGUUUAUUUGUCUCCGGCAAUUACUCCGGCAACAAGUUGCUGAUUUUCUUUUUCUUUUUCUUUUUCUUUUUUAAUUUUCUGUCUGACGCGCGUUAACUUAUCGAAAAUGACAUUUAGCGCACGCGCUUCUUUGUUCUGCUCCGCCGUGGCCGUGGGGCCAUGUUGUAAGAUAAGCGGAGGUGCGAUGGAUAUAUUGGGAAAGUACAUAAUGCAUCACAAUAAGAAGCUGCCAAAUGGGAGGAAUACGGCGGCGCGUGUGGUGGCGCGUGAGAGAGGAUGGUGCAUGAAUUAAAUUGGUUUCCUUUGGAGUCAGUAAAGCGUUACAAUGGAGUAAACAGGAAGUGCUCAAGAGCAAGUGGGCCCACACCGUCAAAAAGUGGGUUAGAUAGAGAGAAUGAGGGAGGGUACGAUCAGGAUUUGGAUGUUUGUAAUGGAGGGGGAGAGGGGUCAUUGGCUCAAAUCAGAUUGUGAAGUUUGUGGGACCAGGGGAGGCUUCUGUCUUUGUCUUGCAACAGAGAAUGGAAACGGUGCAUGAGAGAGAGAGAGAGAAAGCGAGAGAAAAAGUAAAAAAGAAAUUUAAUGAAGAAAUUUAAUGAUUAACAUACAGAGCUUGUUGUAUAAUUGUAUUCGUCAUUUUAGUAGAUACUACGAACGUUAAGAAUUCAGAAUCAAGCAUAAAAUAUUUUCUACUUUUUAAUUUACCAAAAAAAUAUAUAUAUAUAUAUAUAUAUAUAUUAUACUUCUUGUUCUCUUCACUUCAGCUCCUAUCUCUUGUAAGAUUUUGUUCCCACAAACACACGGAAAACUUUUGAGGUUUAUGAGAAUU